CUGGUCUUCGUGCAUCCGAGUCAGACGCGGACAGCGGGCCGAGUCAUCUUCCAUGACAGCCGGGUGACCACACACCACACCAGCGGCCAGCGACACGCCUGCCGAGCAGAGAGCAUGCGGACCCGGUGACAGCCGACAGACGCCACCCGGAGCUUUUGUCGUCGAGUCCACACACACCGGGGAAGUGCAGGACAGACACGCACGUCUGGAAGCUCUUGAACCGGCGUGCACCCCCCAAAAAAUAAUAAUAACCCCGUCGGCGUUCACGUGUCAAGCAGCAGCAAUUGCAAAAGGCUAAAUGAAGGCCUUGUGAACAUGCACCAGGGAAGGCGUCCACUUUUCACUUGGGUGACUUCUCCAGAUGCUUUGGUCCAGAGAAGAAUGAAGAGCCAGGGGAAGAAUGUGAGCCACGGUUGCUGCACAACACACAUUCACUGAGCCCAUAAGGAGAGCGUCCAUAAAGCUACGUCUCGAGAGCCCCUCACCUUUCCCUUCAACCUUUCGACUACCAAAAACACUAUGACCUCUGAGCUGGAAAGUAGCCUGACAUCAAUGGACUGGCUUCCACAGUUGGGCAUGAGGGCGACUAUCCAGAAGACCGACAGAGACGUGGGGGGGCUUCACCACGGCCACUUUCACGGACAACAUCACCAUCAUCACCACCACCACCACCAUCACAGUCAACAUCAUCACGGACUUCAUGGGCCAGGAAAGAAAAUCACACACCUGGAACCAGGAACAACGUUGGACCAGGAGGAAAGUAGUCAACACAGGGACGGCAAACCGCCGUACAGCUACGCCAGCCUCAUCACCUUCGCCAUCAAUGGUUCUCCUCGCAAACGCAUGACUCUCAGUGAGAUCUACCAGUGGAUCUGUGACAACUUCCCCUACUACAGAGAGGCGGGCAGUGGCUGGAAGAAUUCAAUACGACACAACUUGUCCUUGAACAAGUGUUUUCUGAAAGUGCCUCGCUCCAAAGACGACCCUGGAAAAGGUUCCUAUUGGGCCAUUGACACCAACCCUAAAGAUGACACAGCACCCAGCAGGCCAAAGAAGAGGCCGCGCUCUGGUGAAAGAGCAUCAACUCCUUACAGCCUCGAGUCGGAGUCUCUGCGCAUGGACUGCAUCAUGUCAGGUGGAGCGUCCCCCACUCUGGCCAUCAAUGCUGUGACAAACAAGGUAGCUUUGUACAACCCAGAAGCAGAGGACUGUGAGAGUCCCGGGAGUCUUGGUGGCAGCCUGAGCAACAGCCUGUCUGAGCAGAGCAUGGCGUCCGUCAACCUCAACAACAUGACCUCCACCGUCGGCGGCGGCUUCACACCCGUCAGUAGCCACUCGGAGCCGUCGUCUCAGUCUCUGAGUCUCCAGCAGCCCCCUCAGCCUGUGCCGCCUCCCCCGCCCGCGCAGCCCCAGUACGGUCUGCCCGUCCCGGAGUCACGGGACAAGCACCUCUGCUUCUCGGACUUCGAGAACCUGAGCGCGUCCUUCCGCAGCCUGUAUAAGUGCGUCUUCGAGCAGUCUUUCUCGCAGCAAGCUCUGAUGGGGAUGGCGGGGGAGUCCAACCAGCAGACAAGGACCGCCUGCUCCUACCAACACUCACCUGGCACGGGAAAUGGUGUGGGCGGAGGAGGUGGCGGCCACCAUCACCAGCACAACCACCACCAUCCACACCACGCUCAGCAGCACCUCUCCGGUCACGGCCCACAGCACCCGUCUCUCUCCCACCAGAGCUGCCCGACAACAGAUUGGUACCCAAAUCUGGACUGGCUCAAGGAGAGCUGCCGUGUUGCUACCGGCUACAAUUGGGCUGAUGUAGACCUCUCCCCAUUUCAAGGCCUGAAGGAGAGCAUGCGUCAGGCCGAGCUCAACAACUGGUCCCUGGAUGCUGGCCAGGUCGCCGACCUGUGCUCUUCCAUCAACCAGUUCUUCACGGCCACGGGGGUCAUCCCCGUCUCGCAACCUCAGGUCGCACCUGGGGCGUCGCAGGACCCCGCUCAGCCACUCGGCGCCAUGCACCCCAAGGCCGUCCAGCACAACCAGCACGGCCGACACAUCCGCACGGGGAACAUGUACAUGGACUCCAGACAGAACAUUCCUUCUCUGAUGGGACCACCCGGAUACCCCCACAUGCCUCCCAUUAGCAACACAGCUCCCACUAUGACGGUGGACUCCUCCAUCACGCUCUUACCAGGCCAUCACGGCCAGCUGAGCCAGCAGCAGCACAUGUUUCCCCCAGGACACUUCCAGGUGAGGCGCAUGCUGGCUGCAGACGACAUCCAGGACGACUUUGACUGGGACUCCAUAGUAUAAGCGGACACAGGGAGUAAGAGAUAACCUGUGUUGAUGUCCGUCGAGGUGUAGGACUGUACAGUCAGCUUCUUACGCCAGUGAGAAAUGAACUCAGAAGACAAUCCAAAGGGAUAAAAGAAGUCUUUUUUGGGGGGGGGCGGGGGUGUAUGUAGCUGGAGGACAAGUGUAAAGACAAUCAAAUUGUUGCAAGUGGACCAAGUUGUAAACAACACCUGACACUGUGCCAACAUGGCUGACAAGUUGCGAAAGCUGUCAAAACAUCUGUGAAAUGUAAAUGCAUUUUAUACAUACAUAUAUAUACACAUACACAUAUACAGACAUGCAGAUAUAUAAAUAAAUAAAAACACACACACACACAUACUGGUUAUCAUUUGGAAUGGGGACCAAGUUUUUGAUCAUCACUUGUGGGGACCACCCUUUCUACAGGUUGUGGAGGCAGAAAAAAAUGAGGCCACUGCCCAGUUAGCUCAUACACGGCUUUAAAUCUCUGGAUUGAUGAAGUAAUGUGCUGAUCAUUCUUACUGGGGAAAAAGAGUUAAUAUGGUUCAUGGGGACCAAAUUUAAAUAAUUUUGCAUAAUUCAUACAAAUUUGUACGUGACUACUGAGGACCAUUUAUAAAAAAAAAAUUUAAAAAAAAAAGAAAAAGAAAAAAUGACAUGAUCCUCAGAAUACAGCACUACAGCUGUCCUAUUAUAGGAAGUUUCACCACUUAAAUGUUAAAGCAAAUCCUGCAUCUUCUAAAGUUACAUUAUCAUCAAUUUCAGAAUUGUUAAAACCAUUAAAAAUCAGUUCCCAGUGGCUUAUUAUAUUUUUCGAAGUUUUUUUCAAAAUGUUACCCAUCACGCAAUACCCCUAAAAAAAGCUUCAAAGUGCCUGAUUUUAACCACCCAUCCAUUUUCCUGUGACGUCACAUAGUGAAGCCAACACAAACAAACAUGGCGGAAAGAACAGCAAGCUAUAGCGACAUUAGCUCGGAUUCAGACUCGGAUUUCAGCGGCUUAAGCGAUUCAACAGAUUACGCAUGUAUUGAAACGGAUGGUUGUAGUGUGGAGGCAGGUAGCGAAAACGAAAUUGAAGAAGAAACUGAAGCUAUUGAGCCAUAUCGGUUUGAACCGUAUGCAAGCGAAACCGAC